AGGUGAUAUCCUGGAAAAUGCUGAGUCAUAGAAAUAGUGUGCUUUUAUCUUAAUUUGAAAAGAUAAUUAUCUCUUUUACUAAAAUUAAUAAAGUACUGCUGAGUUGUAAAAUGUUUUCUAAACAGUUUCUCUGCAGAUCACAAUAAGUUCAUUUAUGUAGCAUUUAACUUGUAAUGUUGUAGCCUUUACCAAAAAUGAUAGUUUGAAAAACAAUAUUUCAGUUACUGUAAGAUUGUGUCUUAAAUUCAAGAAAAUGAGAAUCAUACAUAGUUGACUAUUCCUUUAUUCUGUACAUAGUUUAGAAGAAAUUGUUUUCAUUUUUAAGAAUUUCCAUUGAUAUUGUUUUGUUGUUAUUGGAUGCUGAAUAAAUCUGGUUACUAAGGCAAGGGUGGGUUUGAUAUGAAUUGCUACAAAAAAUUAUUCCCCAUUACACUGCAACUCUUCCUUCAGUAAAUACAAUAUUGAUUAAUAAAUUAGUUGUUCUUUUUAUAAUAUAUCGGUGCUGUUACUAUUAAUUUGUUCAGUCUUAUGUAUAUGUUACAUUGAUGAAGAAAGAUGGUCCUAUGCUGUCUGAAGAUGUAACAGUUUAUAUUUUUUAUUUUGAAAAGCGAUAUAUUUGAUAGAAAGAAAAUGUCAGAAGCCAUGACUAACUAUUUUAGAUGAUCUUUGUCCUAUUCACCAUUUUUCCGUUGCUAGUUUAUUAUCUGAGGACGAGGCAGAACAACCGGCGAGUAAUACUGGAGACACCCUUGCAUUCUUACACAACAUAUUUGCCUGGGCUGAGAUGUGUUGAUAAUUCAGAUGGAUUAUUACAUAGAAAACUUACUACUAAAGAGAUAAUUAUGUCAGUAGAUGUUGAAAUGACAAUUCUAGACAUUGUUUGCAUUUUGUAAAAGAACUCCCGAUUACAUGUAUUAGAAUAACUUUGAUGUGACCGUUUCGUAUUGUUUCAUUCAUUGCUAUGGUGACUGACUUGUUACCAUGGUAACAAGUGUGUUGUAUACUAAUCUAUAUGAAUUUAUACCUAUGGAGGCCGAGGCCAGAGGGGUUGACAUAUUUCUGAUAGUUUGAUAGAUUUCUUGUCCACAACAAUCCUGUAUAUGGGUGACUGUCUUCAGCUGGGAAUAUGUUACAAUCAUUUGUGAAUUUUUCCAUUACCAAAAUAGACUUUUUUUCUGGAUAUAUUUUAGCCCAUGGAAUUUCUACAGGACAGGAGUUCUGUGGGGCUUACACACAGAUAAUUUGAUGGACAGUGCUGACUACUACUAUUACACGUGCAUGCUGAUGGCAUUUCAGAUGUUCAUUGGCAUGUAUUGCCCAAGUUGAAAAUGCUGGAAAACGUUCUUCACUAUGAUUAAAUGUGUAAUUUUCUUUCUAUUAUAUAUUUAGUGAUCAAUUCAUUCAUGUGCAAAGCAUAUAAUGAGGGUAUCAGAGAUAGUAACUUGUCCUUUUAUCUCAAAGAUCCAUGGGGUGGGCUAAAAGGUACAGGGCCACACAAAAUGUGCUUUCAAGAGUUAAUUACGUUAACAUGGGUGGAUAAAAUAAAAAAUAAAGUACAAGUUUCAGGUAAAAAAAAUAUUCAUAUUGUCAAAUUUAUCAUUUUAAAAUCUAUUCAUCUUUUAAUUUAAAAAAAAAUCAAAUCUCUGAGGUUUAAAAUACCAUUUUGUCUCUUGAUAUAGAGAAUCUUGAAACUAAUUUUUGUGGCCUUGUUCAGUGCUCUGUUUCUGAAUUGGGAAGGGGGACAAUAAUGCAUGUUUAAUCAUUCCAGCAGUUUCUUCUCCGUCUAUUGCUGACAAUACUAUAAUUGUUGAUUUUAGCAUAUUUUGUUUAUAUAUAUACAUAUAUAUUAUAUAUAUUUAUCAUUUAAAGAAUCUAGACUUUUUACUCUGUCAUUAAAUAAAACGUGAGAUCUGUU